AUGUAUCCUCUCACUACACUAGCUUCAGUCCUUGCCAUUGCAGGCGCUGUUACUGCUACUCUCGAGCCUGCACAGAGCAACACCGAGGGCAAAUACCCCAAGAGCCCAUCAUGCUCUCCAUCGAAGACCUCAAACGCCAUCCAGGCCGCUGAGUGCGCCUACAACACCCGCGUCUCUGGCCAGCAGACCUUUGCCAUCUUCAAGGUCGAUCACCAGUAUGAUGCCAACAACGGCGCUCCUUACGGCACCUGUGAAGCUUAUGAAUGCGAUGCUCCCACUUCCGACGAGCUCACUGCUGAUGCGGAUUACUGGACCUUUUUCUGGAACGACAAUGGAGAGUCUUCUGGAGUUGGUACAACCUGUAUCAAAGAUCCCAACGACGGAACAUGUGGCUGUGAGAACUCUGACGGUACUUUUGUGCAUGGCGGAACGAACUGCAAAUAG